CGGCAGCACACUGUGGUUGCUGUUGUUGUUUACUCCGCCAGUGCCGGUUGAUGACAGCCGGUCCGGACGCGCCGUGUGUUGAUCGCCCUGCCGCUCCACACCCGUCCAGUGGCCGUUCUGCGCAUCACGAGCCAGCUGCUUCAACAUGCGACAAACACAUCCCACCACGUACGAGCUGACCAGCUCGUCGACAGAUUCACGCACUGAUCCAGAACUGCAACGGCUGCUAGAAUCGACCUGGUCCGAACGGCAUGAUGCCGGCGUUGGCUUUCGCUACCGUCUGCACAUAGAACGUGAGCGUAUUGCGGAAGGAAAGUUCAACUUUCUCAUUCUGCUGAAUCGCAAACGGCUGACAGAGCGCCGGCAGCCGCAAGCAUUCCAGCUCGAUGCACCGUUCGAUCCGUCCCGGUUUAACUUUACCCGCGUCGAUCCGGCCGAGGUGCAGCUCGAGCUGGUCGCACCGUCGCCGACCACGAUGCUGAUUAACAACAGCCCGGUGACGGUGUACCACUCGCUAGUCGUGCCCGACCGGGCGGGCCAGCACUCGCAGCUGCUCACAUCGGGCGGUGUGCGCGUAGCGUUCGAGCUGCUGCUGCGCCUGCCCGACCGACGCUACCGGAUCGGUUACAACAGUCCCGGUGCGCAAGCGUCCGUCAACCAUCUGCAUCUGCAUCUGCUCCGGAUCGAUACGGCGCUCUACGUGCAGCGUGCGGAACUGCUUCCCGUGCGUGGCACUCCGCUGCUGCACCGGCUGGCGGAUCAUCUGCCGGCCCAGGGGUAUUGCUUCGUGCUGCGCGACCCAACCACGGAGCUGGAGCUCGUCUGCAGCGGGCUGAUGAAGCUGAUCCAGGCGCUAGCGGAACGGCAGAUGGCACACAAUCUUUUCUGGACCUGGACCGACCUGCACCGGGGUGGCGAGCUGCGUGCCCUUGUGUUUCCCCGCGUGACCCAGUGCGUCAACAAGGCGGCCUGCUCGUUCAAUGCCGCGUUUCUCGAGCUCUGCGGGUUCGUUUCCGUCGGUGAGGGGAACGAUUAUGACCGGCUAACGGAGGAAGCUAUCGUGCAGGCGCUGCGGGAAGCGCAGGGCGACGUGUACGGUAUGCUGGACGGCAUAUUUCCCGUCGCUAGUACCGAUUGAGCGUUUGGGUGGUUGAGAAAUUCAACCGUUGUUUUAAAUACAGGACUAGGAAUGUUGAAUGAUUUAAAGAAAAAAAUAUUUUAAGAGAAAGAUAGUUAAGCAAACUCGAUUUAUUUGAGGUUUGUUAAAGGUUCAACCGUCGGUCACAAAGAAACGUGCCACUAGCGUUGUAAGUUACUCGUACAGCCCCUAAUAGACACGUCUGUGCUGGGAUGGUGUGAAAACGGUACCCAAAAAUAGCACACUAAUCCUAGCGCAACGCAAAAAAAUGUAUGAAGGCAGUUUUUCAUGCGUAAAAAUGCGGCAAUAGAGAGAGAGAGAGACAGGGCAAAAAAAACCCCCCGAAGUAAACAUUCCAAAAACUGUUUAGUCAAGGCGUGCGUACACUACACCGACAAAAGCAAACCCCUUACUUUAGCAGAGGAAACGACUUGCGUCCUGCCUUAAAGCCGUUCUUUUGUUUUUGUUGUUCUUGUAUCUUCCAUUUCCCCCGCGGAAAAGCAGAAAAGAUGGCCAGUUGAGGGCGGCCCAUCCGAUGGUGGCGCAAUGUCUUACUCAUUCUUCGUGUUCGGCUUACGGUUAACCCUCGCAAAACAAAAAACAAAACAAAAAAAAACCCUCUUUUAGCAAUGGAAA